AAGUCUUCCCUUUGCCUUGUGCUUUAUUCUCUCUCCAAAUCCACAUGGUUUGCUUCGCUUGAUUGUUAAUCAGCAUGGGAACUCAAAACUUUGUUGUAAAUGGAGGGAUCAAGAUGCCAAUUGGCUUCAGAUUCCACCCUACAGAUGAAGAGCUCGUGGUUCAUUACUUGAAGAGAAAGGCCUUGAGUUUACCCUUACCUGCUUCCAUCAUUUCUGACUUGGACGUUCUCCAAACUGAUCCUUGGAGCUUGCCAGGUGAGUUGAAUGAAAAGAGGUAUUUCUUUAGCAGCAGAUAUGGCGAUGAAAGCAACAAGAAACGCAAGAGAGUUGCUGGGUGUGGCUACUGGAAGCCCAUAGGCAAAGAGAAAUCAAUUCUAGCGUCUGGAACCAAUCAAGUUGUUGGUUUGAAAAAAGCUUUGGUUUUCUGUCAAAGGAAACGUUCUAAUAACACCAACACUCGAUGGUUCUUGCAUCAGUAUCGCCUCGUCCGCUCCCUGGCAACUUUUGAUCCAAAUUCAACUCAGGUGAAGACGGAAUUGGUUGGAGAUUGGUCAGUUUUUCGAGUGUUUCAUAGGAAAAGUAAAGCUAAAAAACAAGCAGUGAAGAAGAUGCCAAAUUGUAUUGAUUUGACAGUGGAAGACAGAUCUAUGUUUGGUCCACCUCAGCCUACUUCACCAAGUUCAAGUGAAAUUACAGAGAUUUCAUUCAAUGGAUUAGAUGAGGAAGAAAGCAGUGGUGCUUUGCUAACUGCCUAUUCAAACCCUUGUAUCAGAAAGUAAAGAGAAACACGUCACUAGGCUUUGUAUUACAAUCUUGUUCUAUUUGCUGUUGUGCAAGAAAUGAGAAAUGGGCAAAGAAAGGCAAAUUAAUUGUGUU